CAUUGGAACCGUCCUACUCGGUAACGACUGAGGGGUGGUUCGUCUAUCCAGUAGCAACGCAGCGAUACCAGCUGAUUGCCUUUCCCCCCCUUCUUUUGUCACGCGUUGGUACCUUACCAUGGUUAUAAAAGCAGCUGAGGCGGCGCCCUCUUAUCAGUCUGUAUCUAGACGGGAACGGCGUGAGUUUGUGUGUGAGACGUCAGUCAUGAAGUGGUGCGCAAUGGAAAUCAACCCUGAGAUGCUGAAUAAAGUUCUGGCCCAGUUAGGUGUGUCAGAUGGCUGGAAAUUUGUGGAUGUCUUGGGAUUUGAGGAUGAAUCUUUGAGCAAUGUUCUGACGCCAGUCUGUGCAGUACUACUACUUUUCCCCCUUACGCCACAGCAUGAAAACUUUAGAAAAAGCCAAAUAAAGGAGCUGCAAGAGAAGGGUGCAAACAAAAAAGUUUAUUUCUUAAAACAGACCAUUGGCAAUUCCUGUGGUACAGUUGGGCUUAUUCACGCUGUGGCUAAUAAUAAAGAUAAAUUGAAUUUUGCUGCAAAUUCUGUGUUAAAGGAUUUUAUCGAACAAACUGCUGCGCUUUCACCAGAAGAAAGGGCAAAACGUCUAGAAGAAAAUCAGGCCAUAAAGUCUGCUCACAACUCUGUGGCAGCUGAAGGACAAUGCAGGGAGAACAGUGAUGUAAACUUUCAUUUUAUAUUGUUAACUGCGGUUGAUGGACAUCUUUAUGAGUUGGAUGGCAGACUUCCUUCCCCUGUGGAACAUGAUGCUACCUCUGAAGACACUUUACUGAAGGAUGCAGCCAAAAUAUGCAGACAGUUUACUGAGCGUGAACAAGGGGAAGUUCGUUUUUCUGCUGUGGCUCUGAGCAAAUCUGCUUAAUUUUGCGAAUACAAAGCACUUUAUUUAUUCCAUAUACACUCGUAGACCGUGCAGCUUAAUACUUUAACUGUUUAGAGAAGUUGUUCAGUUUCAUGCUCCAGGCACUUGUGUGUACAACACCAGCUCAAAGUGCUGAUCUGCACAUAUGGGUAUAACUGUAUGUUGUUGCUGCUGUGUUCUGAUGCUCUACUUGCAUUUUCAAUUUGUAAUUGCUAACUACUGAAGUGCCACACCUUGUUCAUUUGACGAAAUAAAACGUUGUUUCCGA